AUGUCGUUUUCUCAGGAACCCACCCAGGCUCCAGUCGCAGAUCCUCACACCGAGGAGGCAGACUCGGACAGCAGAGCCGGUCGCCUCUCAGUCUGUACGAAGGUGUGCUAUGGCAUUGGUGGAGUCCCCAACCAGGUGGCCUCCAGCGCCUCAGCCUUCUACCUGCAGCUCUUCCUACUCGAUGUGGCGCAGAUCCCCGCCGCCCAGGUGUCCCUUGCCUUGUUUGGAGGAAAGGUGUCUGGGGCGGUUGCAGACCCCGUGGCUGGCUUCUUCAUCAACAAAAGCAGAAGGACAAGGGCUGGGCGGCUAAUGCCUUGGGCGCUGGGCUGCAUGCCCUUAAUCGCACUGGCCUACUUCUUCCUGUGGUUUCUGCCCCCGUUCACCAGCCUGCGUGGGCUCUGGUAUGCCACCUUCUACUGCCUGUACCAGGCCCUGUCUACGUUCUUCCAGGUACCCUACACAGCGCUCACUAUGAUCCUCACCCCCAGCCCCAGGGAGCGAGACUCUGCCACUGCAUACCGGAUGACCAUGGAGAUGGCAGGGACACUGAUGGGAGCCACUGUCCAUGGGCUCCUCGUGUCCAGUGCCCAUGGGUCUCGGAGGUGUGAGGAUCCUGUGCUCGCCGGGAGUACUGCUGUGUCCCCAGAUGUAGCGCGCCUCUACUGCAUCGCGGCUGCUGUGGUCGCUUUGACUUACCCUGUGUGUGGCGGUUUGCUGUGCCUAGGAGUGAAGGAGAGACCAGACACUUCUGCCCCAGCCUCAGGUCCAGGCCUGAGCUUCUUCACGGGGCUGGCCAUCACUUCCCGGCACCCGCCCUACUUGAGUCUGGUGGUCUCCUUCUUGUUCAUCUCAGCUGCUGUCCAGGUGGAACAAAGCUACCUGGUCCUGUUCUGUACACAUGCCUCCCGGCUACAAGAACAUGUUCAGAGCUUGGUGCUAACCAUCCUGAUCUCAGCUGUGCUGAGCACCCCACUGUGGGAGAGGGUCCUCCAGCGAUUUGGGAAGAGGACGUCUGCGUUCGGGAUCUGUAUAAUGGUGCCAUUUUCCAUCUUGCUGGCUGCUGUGCCCUCUGCACCUGUGGCCUAUGUUGUGGCCUUUGUCUCUGGUGUGAGCAUUGCUGUGUCCCUGCUGCUACCCUGGUCCAUGCUGCCAGAUGUGGUGGAUGACUUCCAGCUGCAGCACCGACAUGGCCCAGGCGUGGAGACCAUCUUCUACUCAUCCUACGUCUUCUUCACCAAGCUCUCAGGCGCAGGCGCCCUGGGCAUCUCCACCCUCAGUUUGGAGUUCGCAGGGUAUAAGGCAAGAGCCUGCCAGCAAGCAGAGGAAGUGGUAGUCACCCUCAAGGUCCUCAUCGGUGCUGUGCCCACCUGCAUGAUCCUUAUUGGUCUCUGCAUCCUCAUGGUUGGCCCCACUCCCAAGACGCCAAGCCAGGACGCCUCCUCCCAGCUAAGCCUUCGGAGGAGAACUAGCUACAGCCUCGCCUGAACUAGAAGAGGACUUCUGUGAGGCAGAAAAGCAGAAGCCUGCAUUUUCUAGAAUUCUCUCUAUCCAGCAACCCGAGCAUAGCCUACCAACUUAGCACACGCAUUUUCCCUUGCGAGUGGAGACUC